AUGCAUCGUCAUCAAUUACCCAUUAUUGGUUUUGCUGUUAUGGCAUGCCUUCAGCUUGGUUCAUGCAUGUCUAUUGAAUGCAUGCAAAGUUACGUGCUAGAUCCAAGAAAACCGUGUAGUGAUGUGAAAUGGGGCAAGCAAGUUGGCAAGGGAACCGUUUUCGGAACAUUGGGUAGCAACGAUCAAGGACUUUACGGUAAAGGUGGUUACAAGCAAGAUAUUUUUAAUGAUGCUCGAGGAAAAUUGGAAGGGCAAGCACAUGGAACUAGAGUCUUAGGACCCAAUGGUGACACUAGUUCAUUCGGUGGCAAACUAGACUGGAAUAAUGUAAACAAGGACGCUAGAGCUACUAUAGAGCUAACCAAGCAGAUACAUGGACCUACUAAUCUGGACGCAUCAGCAUCCAAAGUAUGGAACUUCGACAAAAAUACUCGUUUAUCGGCUGGUGGUACAGUGACACAAGAACUUGGUCACGGAAAGCCCGACUAUGGUGUCGGGGCUACUUUCCAACAUGACUGGUGA